GGACUUUAUCUCUAAGAUAAAAGAUCGUUUGUUUUCCUGACACAUGCGUACAUCGUAAAGAUUAGGGGUGCUUUGACAACAGGGAAAAACAUCUAUAGCUAUAAAAAAAAAGUGUCGCAUUAGCCAUGAAGCUUAACGUUGAUGGUCUUCUUGUCUAUUUUCCCUAUGACUACAUCUACCCUGAACAGUAUCUUUAUAUGCUGGAGCUCAAACGUACUUUGGAUGCCAAAGGUCAUUGUGUCCUGGAAAUGCCCUCAGGGACUGGAAAGACUGUAUCCUUGCUCUCCCUCAUUAUCGCCUAUAUGCGUGCACAUCCUUUGGAUGUCACUAAACUCAUCUACUGCUCACGAACAGUUCCUGAAUUGGAGAAGGUUAUAGAAGAGAUGAGGAAUUUAAUGAAGUAUUAUGAGAAGGAAUUAGGAGAACAACCACAGUUCCUGGGAGUUGCACUCAGUUCCCGCAAAAACAUGUGCAUUAAUCAAGAGGUACUAAAAGACAGAGAUGGCAAAGCAGUUGAUGCCCAGUGCCACAAACUGACUGCCUCCUUUGUUCGUGCCCAGCACAAGCGAGAUCCUUUAAUCCCUGUAUGUGAGUUCUAUGAGGAAUUUGAUGCCCAUGGACGAGAAGUGCCUCUUCCUUUUGGAAUAUACAGCUUGGAUGAUUUGAAGGACUAUGGUCGAGAGAGAGGUUACUGUCCUUACUUUCUGGCUCGACAUGCAAUAAUGCAGGCUCAUGCAGUUGUAUAUAGCUACUAUUAUCUUCUUGAUCCGAAAAUUGCAGAACAGGUCUCCAAGGAACUGUCCAAGAAGUCUGUUGUUGUUUUUGAUGAAGCACAUAAUAUUGAUAACGUAUGUAUUGAAUCCAUGAGCUGCAAAAUCACUCGAAGAACCAUUGACCGAUGCAGCCAGAAUCUUGAUGAUUUGUCAAAACAUAUCAAAAAAGUGAAAGAUAUUGACACAGACAAAAUGAGAGAUGAGUACCAGCGAAUGGUGCAAGGACUGCGUGAUGCCAGUAUUGCCAGAGAAACAGAUACGCUACUGGCAAAUCCAGUUCUUCCUGAUGAAAUCCUGCAAGAAGCUGUACCAGGAAACAUUCGCAAUGCAGAGCAUUUUCUAAGUUUCAUGAAACGCUUUUUAGAAUACCUGAAAACCAGGCUUCGCAUUCAGCAUGUGGUAUCAGAGAGUCCACCCUCUUUCUUACGUGAUUGCUCACAAAAAGUUUGCAUUGAACGCAAGCCAUUGAGGUUUUGUGCAGAGCGUUUGCAUUCCCUGAUGAGAACCCUGGAACUGACAGACCUUAAAGAUUAUUCUGCACUCAGUUUAGUGGCAAACUUUGCAACACUUGUCAGCACAUACACUAAAGGAUUUAUGCUUAUCAUGGAGCCGUUCGAUGACCGCACGCCUACCAUCUCUAAUCCAGUUCUUCACCUGAGUUGUCUAGAUGCUUCUAUUGCAGUCAAGCCCAUCUUCAACAGAUUCCAGACAUUGGUGGUAACUUCUGGGACUUUAUCACCUCUGGAAAUGUACCCAAAGAUUCUUGAUUUCCAUCCUGUCACCAUGGCAACUUUCACAAUGACCUUGGCAAGGCCUUGCAUCUGUCCAAUGGUGGUCAGCAAAGGAAAUGACCAAGUGGCCAUAACCUCAAAAUUUGAAACGCGUGAAGAUAUCGCCGUCAUUCGGAAUUAUGGAAACCUUUUGGUUGAGAUGGCUUCCAUUGUUCCAGAUGGUAUUGUCUGCUUUUUCACCAGUUACAUCUACAUGGAAACAAUUGCUGCAUCCUGGUAUGAGCAGGGCAUUCUGGACCAGGUACAAAAAAACAAGCUGCUCUUCAUUGAAACCCAAGAUGCCGCAGAGACUUCAUUAGCUCUCCUUAACUAUCAGAAGGCCUGUGAGAAUGGGCGUGGAGCAGUGCUGCUAUCUGUUGCCAGGGGCAAAGUAUCCGAGGGCAUAGAUUUCGAUCACCAUUAUGGACGAGCUGUUAUCAUGUUUGGAGUGCCUUACGUGUAUACACAGAGCCGUAUACUGAAGGCUCGGCUGGAGUACCUGCGAGACAACUACCAGAUCAGGGAGAACGACUUCCUCACCUUUGAUGCCAUGCGGCACGCGGCGCAGUGUGUGGGACGGGCGCUGCGCGGCAAGACGGACUAUGGCAUCAUGGUCUUCGCUGACAAGAGGUUUUCCCGUGCGGACAAGCGCAAGAUCCCUCGCUGGAUCCAGGAGCACCUGACGGAUGGUCUGUGCAACCUGUCCAUCGACGAGGCCGUGCAGGUCGCCAAACACUUUUUGCGCAAGAUGGCGCAGCCCUUUAGCCGCAAGGACCAGCUGGGCCUGUCGUUGCUAACGCUGGAGCAGCUGCAGUCGGAAGAGACCCAGAAGAAGAUCGAGAGCAAGAUACAGCACGUGUGAACUCAGCAUUGCAUUCGCAUCUCACUCUGGGCCUGAUCUGCGAGCAAUCCGUGGAAGGACCGGCUGAUGUCUUUGGGGGUUACUAAAGUACUUUCCAUGCUUACUACUGCCCUGGCGCUUUUCUUCAGGGCCAGUGCUACACAACCUGCCUUCGUACCAAACCUCCCGCUUGUGUUGAAGCAACAUCUGGCCUGGCUCCCUGAUCCCAAGAAGUACAGCACUCCGCUUUAUGUCACCACCCCGGAAGUGUUCAUCUCUUGGCAUCACAACGUUUGUCGUUAUUUAAAUCUCUUACAAACUGCGCAGCAUUCACGGGCCGCUGCACUAUCUCGGUCUUCAAGGCGCUGGCUUUGUCACGUAACCCACCGCCACACAGCGAAUAUCUGGUCUUGAAAAUCACAAAGAAGAAAUGUCGAAAAGAAACUCGUUUCAUAUCUUUAAACUAAUUAGCCUUCUCGUCAGUUAGGAUCUUUUGAUAUUUAUACGACUGAGAAAGAAGCAAAUUAAACUCUUCGUUGUUCUUUAUCACAUCAAA